AUGGCUCCAGCCGUUCCCAAGCCUGACCGACCUCGCCCCACCGACACCUCCGCCCCUCUCGCCGACUACUUCUUCAUCUGCGGCAUCGAAUCCUCCCAGGUCUACGAUGCACGUCUCAGUCUCUCCUCUCCCGUCCCACCAGUCGAAGACACGAUCGAGGAAGAUGCCGCAUUGGAAGUCAACGGGGAAGGUCGGCCCCCUACCCCCGGCUCCCCGGUGGACAAUGUCAAGAGACGCUCACGAUACAGCUUCGAAGCUCGGCAGAGCAUCGAGGGCUUAAUCAAUGGGGUUGAACAUCUGACCACCGCCAGCAACAGGAGCAGCACAACCAUCCGACCCCAUAAGCCCCCCGGCCCCUCGGGCAUGAGCGAUGAUGCCUUCGAAGACGCCCUUAGGAAGUUUGCGUCGGAGAGGGACAGCUUUCUCGAGGACAUCCACGUCUCCGCCGGCGCCGUGACCACCCCGACCCCGCGCAAGCCCCGGCCGAAGACGGUGCGCAUCACCCAGGAUGAGAGUAAUGUGACCGCCGGCCUGCGAGGCUCGGUAGGCAGCCUGCAACGACGUCUCUCCACCAUGAAGAGCUCCAAGCGACACUCUUCGGGCAUGAGCCGGCAAGCAUCGGUCCGCACGUCCAAACGGUUGAGUGGCUACAACUCCGUCAUCCCCGCUCCUCGCCCCUUCCAGCUCAGCCCUGAUAUGCACCCGCUCAAGCGCCGCUACGAACCCGUCCUGCUUGACCGCUACCCCACCAAACUCAUGACGGACGAGUCCAAACGUCGCACCCCCUUUCCCGACUACGUUCCCAUGUUCACCUUCCCCAACGACAUCAGCGUCGUGUCUUCGGACGAGCGUCCGCGGUCAACGUGGCAUGGCUUCGCGAUGACCAGCUCCGACAACAGCAAGCUCUACGGCAUCUGCGUCAUUGUCUGGGUGCCUCUCAACGAAACUGCCGCUGCCGGCCUCGAGCGACAGUGCGAGGAAUGGAGGCGGGCGAAUAUGAGCAAUGAGGAGCGCGAGUUGGCGAGCAGUCUAGGCGAGCGGCUUUCGGCAGAGCGUGCGAAGCUUAGUAGGCUUCUCGCUGACUUGCCCAACAGCUCAUCGGGAUCGGCCCCGCGCGAGAAGUUGGAAGACGACAUCAGUGCGGUGGAGGAGAAGAUCGGGCUGAUGACAGACUUGCUACGCCCCGUCCGCCACGCGGCGGCGUCGAAGAUCGAAGGUCUCACGGAAGGCGACACCGGCUUCUGGAUUCCACGAGCCUACGGCAUUCUGGGACAGGAUGGCAGCUUGACGAGCUUCUGGAAGGAGUGGCUCAAGGCCAUCGUCGUGCCCAUGACUUCCGGUGGUGUCUUACGCGUGCCCCCGAGCUCUCCAAAGGUCGGUUUGUGGCAGCCGCUGGAGCGGUAUGUCGUGAAUCUCUGCAUGGAAGCUCUUUGCCCCAUAGCCUCCGCCACGCAGGUGGAAGUCGCGGUGCGGGACUUGCGGCUGUAUGCUCGCAGAGAGGCCAUCAACGAGCUUCCCGGUUCGCGAAACACCGACUUGUACGCCCUGUUUCGUUGCCUAACGAUUCCAAACGUCAUCACGCUCUUCGAAUAUGCCCUCUCCGAAUCGAGGAUCAUCUUGCUCUCCUCGCACACCGCCAUGCUGCACCUCGCCGCCGCCGCUUUGACCAGUAUCUUGUAUCCGCUCAAAUGGUGCGGCAUUCUCAUUCCAGUCCUACCGCAACGUUUGAUCCAAGCACUCGAGGCACCGUGCCCUUACAUUGCAGGUGUUGAACGCCGCUACGAGAUGCCCGAGCUCCCCGACGACGACUUCUGCAUUGUGGACCUUGACGAGAACACGAUUGAGAGUGUUGCGCCACCCAUUACAUUGCCACGCCCGCAGCGAAGAAAGCUCCAGUCGUUGCUUCAAGCGGCCGCCCAACACCACAACAGGUAUGGGGUGCCGACAGGACCUCCGCGGUACGCAGUGGAAACGUUUCCAAAUGAUGCUUUUGCCUCGGAAAGCCCGCAGGUGUUCAAGUCCAAGCCGGCUGCGUCGACGCUUGCAACGUACGUCAGUGAGAGCUCGACGACUUUUGGGGACGCUUCAGGGGCCCAGCAGCCGCUCUCUCCCAUCUACAAUGCUUUCCUACAGUCUCGCCCGACUGCUGGCAAGAGCAGCGACCGGCCGUCGACCAGCUCGACCGGCACUGCCCAUAGCCAUUCCUCUUCUCAGUCGCCGCCAUCUCCGGUCGCGCAGUCGCCUAUAUCGUCUACCUUCUCCAAACCGGUUUCGCGCAGUGAUUCUGGUAUGGCCCUUCAGGCUUCUCUUCAAGAGAAGCGAUCUGCGGGUCGGAUUCCAGAGAGCGACAUGCUACGGCGCAAUUCAGCCGUCCACUCGCUCUUCGAGGCGCGCGGCGGGCAACAACAGGCGAGUCGAUUUGGUGCUGGGCGUCGUCCUAGCCAGCCGAUAACUGGACACCAUGCUUCCCCGUCGACGUCUAGUCUCGGCUACGGGUCUGGAUCGAAUUAUGCACCUAGCGUAUACGCUCAGAGCACUCUCGCCGCCAGCACCGUCAUGCCGCAGAUGCUGGUGCAGCCCGUGAAAGACGAUGAGCGGAUGAAGUGGAUCGAGGGGCACUGCUUGCAAAGGCAGAAUCGAGACGGUGCGUCGAUUUGUACGAUAUGCGACGAACGGUGCCAGGAGGAGUCGUUCAAGUGUCUUGGAUGUGGCAUCAUCGUACACUAUGGGUGCCUCGACUCGGUUUGCCUCGUAUGCCCCGUGGCCUUCCGCCCCGACCAAGUUCGAGCGGCGUUUGUGCGCUGCUUCGCCUCCCUCUUCUACACCUACCGACGCUUUCUUCGUCCUGCGUCCGGAGAUCGUCGAAAGGCCGGUAUGCUCUACCACUUCAACAUGGAUCAAUUCCUCAAGAGCGUGCCGCACGGAGAUGGCGAGUACAUGCACAUGUUGCGCGACACGCAAGCCUUUAACGAAUUCAUCCACGAGCGCGAGGCCACUCGUGCCGAAGAUCCUUCCAUCAAGCUCUUCGACGAGAUCAUCCUUUCCAAACGCAACCGUGGCCGAACCUCGCUUUUCUCAAAGGCAAACACCUCCUUUCUCACCGACACAUCGGAUCACCUCUGGCGCUCGGCGUCCGCAACUCCACCCAACUCCCGCUACCCGGGCGAUCCGCAGGCCAUGUCGGGGAGAAUGCCGGCCAAGCUCGAUCCGGCGUACAUGCAGGAGCCGCGGGCGAUACAGGGGGCGCCGAGGUUGAUGCCGGCGACGAAGACGAAGAGGAAGCCGGUUGCUAGCACUUUGCUUGUGAAUUCCCAGAGCGUUGAUGAUGCUUAA